GGAGGAGCUCUACCUGUUUACAGUUUAUCGCUCUGAUUAAAAUGUGUUUAUCACGAUGGAAAGAAAUGUGACCAAGACUGUUUCUACGAGAGGCGGCUGCAGGAAGGUUCAUUCUGCAUUAAUAGUAGCUUAAAACUGGUGGACAGGAAAUGAAUGCUUGCAAUGACGUGUCCUGAUUGUUGAUGGGGAUUGGUCGGCCUGCUAAUUUCUAUGGAAGGUCAAGAGUGUCGUCUAACAAAGCUCAGAUUUAGUGCAUUUAAGCUCUUCACAGCCUCCGAUUGUGUGUCUGCACUCGGGUUAAAAGACGAAAGAACACACUGAUGUGAAUGAGCUGAUAGCUUCUGUGCAUCAGGAACUCCAACACAACGGACAGAUGAAGGAUAUCAUCAUGUUCCUUAAUGAUGCACCUCCUCACUAACGUUUGUGUGGCGUUUCCUGUUUACUGGCAGCGUCUGUGGUGUGAUGAGGUUGAUUUCUUAUAUAGUUGUGAAGUUUUUUCUGGUAAAUUUUCCACUUUAAUCUCAGAGAAUAUCCAAGUUUUGUUCUCGUAUAUUUGUGAGUUUUUUUUCUCAUUAAUUUACGACUUUAAACUCAGAAAUAUCCAAGUCUUUUUCGUAUAUUUGUAAGUUUUUUUCUGGUAAAUUUACGACUUUAAUCUCAGAGAAUAUUCAAUUUUUUUUCUGGUAAAUAUACCACUUUAAUCUCAGAGAGAUUGCUAUUUGCUAAUUUCUAUGGAAGGGAAAGAGUGCCGUCUAAAAAAAGUUAAUCCAUCACAUCAGAUUUGGUGCAUUAAAGCUCUUCACAGCCUCCGAUUGUGUGUCUGCACUCGGGUUAAAAAACGAAAGAAUGUCACUUGAGCAGGCGGGUGGGAAGCAUCGACUCUGAGCUGGAUUAGAGAGAGAGAGAGAGAAAAAGGAAGGACUGAGAACCGAGGAGAGAGAAAACCAAGAGGAAAAAACGACUCCGGCAGCCCAGGGCUCUUAUUUUGUAGGAGUGGUGUCAGCUGUCGUCCCUACAGUCACAAGACCCGGUUGGAGGGGAAGGGAGGAGGCGGUGUAUCAGCUCUGGGUCUCUGUUGCUCCACAGGGGAAGGUAUCGUCUGUCCAGCCGCUUCCUGCAGACAAAAACUUUGAGGACGAUGACUCGGGGGACGGCGGCCGCUCUUCGUCCUCGUCCAAAGGAGCCUCGCUGUCCGUGAAGAAGACGGUGAGCAUGGGUUCCUUCCGACGCCCCGCCUCCGCCUCCAGCACCAAGUCAGCAGGGAGGGAUGGAGCUGGAGCUGGAGCUGGAGCUGGAGCUGUGGACAUAGAGGACUUCAUCCAGGCCUUUGAAGAUGUCCCCACCGUGCAGAUCUACUCCAACAGGGAGGUGGAGGAGGCCAUGACGAAGAUUCGAGACGUGCUGUCGGACGAUAAGAGGGACUGGGAGCUCCGGGUGGCGGCUCUGAAGAAGGUGCGUUCGCUGCUGCUGGCCGGCGCCGCAGAGUUCGACGGGUUCCCGCAGCAGCUGCGGCUCAUGGAGGCGGCGUUCAAACUGUCCGCCAAGGACCUCCGCUCUCAGGUGGUGAGAGAGGCCUGCCUCACGCUGGGCCACCUGUCGACGGUGCUCGGCAGUCGGUUCGACCACGCGGCCGAGGCCAUCAUGCCGAUCCUCCUCAACCUGGUCCCCAACAGUGCCAAAGUCAUAGCCACCUCCGGCAUGGCCGCCAUCCGCCUCAUCCUCAGACACACACACUACCCUCGUCUCAUCCCCAUCAUCACCAGCAACUGUAUCUCCAAAUCUGUGGCUCUCAGAAGGCGCUGCUUUGAGUUCUUGGAGCUGCUGCUGCAGGAGUGGCAGACGAGCUCUCUGGAGAGACACGGAACCGUUUUAAUGGAGACUAUAAAGAAAGGGAUCCACGAUGCCGACGCCGAGGCUCGCUCUGUGGCCAGAAAGUGCUACUGGAGUUUCCACGGUCACUUCAGGCGGGAGGCGGAUAAGCUGUUCCAGGGCCUGGAGUCGUCCUAUCAGAAGGCUCUGCAGGCUCACCUGAAGAGCGGAGACAGCCAGACGUCGCUGCCCGCCUCCGAUCGCUCCUCCUCGUCCUCCCAGGAGAGCCUCAAUCGACCGCCGUCUGUAAAAAACACCUUUGGAAGCGGCUCAUCAACAAGAACCAAAGCUGCCCACAGCAGGACGCCUGCUGCUGCCGCCUCCUCUCCAGGCUCCCUCCAGCGCUCUCGCAGCGACGUGGACGUCAACGCGGCCGCCACUGCCACCGCCAGCGCCCGCAACAGGAUGCCCGCCGUGGCCUCUGCCGUGCAGUCGUCGGCUUCUCCCUUCAGCUCGGCCUCGGCCCUCCCCCCCGGAUCCUACGCUUCGCUGGGUCGAGUUCGAACCAGGAGAGCGAUUCCAGGAAACGGUCCGUCUGUGACGGACAGCCGGGGAAGGAGUCGAGGGAAAGUCGUCUCACAGUCUCAACCCGGCAGCAGGUCAGGUUCUCCCGGCCGACUGCUGAGCUCCACCUACGGCAGGAUCCCGAGGCCGAGCAUGGGCACCGCCGCCGCCGCCGCCGCCAACAGCACCUCCGGCGGCCUGAGUGACAAGAGCCGGCCCCGAGGUCACCGCAGUCACGGCUGCAGCCGAGAGACCAGCCCCACCAGAUCAGCCCGGAGCCGGAUCCCCCGGCCGAGCAUGAGUCAGGGUUGCAGCCGCGAAACCAGUCGCGAGAGCAGCCGCGACACCAGCCCCGCUAGGGGUUUCUCCCCCCUGGCGACGCGGCGUCACUCCCGCUCAACCAGCGCCCUGUCCUCUGCAGAGUGCUACUCAGACCGGCUGUCCCAUCAGGCUCGAAUCUCGGCCUCCGUCAACGCCAUGAAAAUCCUCAACAUCGGCAACGACGUCGAGGCUGCCGUCGCCGACGCUCUGCUCUUAGGAGACUCGAGGAGUAAGCGGAGGCCGGUGAGGCGGCGCUUCGAGUCACCGGGAAUGUACUCGGACGACGACGCCAACAGCGACGCCUCCAGCGCCUGCUCCGAACGCUCGUACAGCUCGCGCAACGGUGGCGUGGCGCCGCACUACCUGCGUCAGACGGAGGACGUGGCGGAGGUGCUGAACCACUGCGCCAGCGCCAACUGGUCCGAGAGGAAGGAGGGACUGCUGGGACUGCAGAACCUGCUCAAGAGCCAGAGGAUGCUCAGCCGCGUGGAGCUGAAGAGGCUUUGUGAGAUCUUCACCAGGAUGUUUGCCGACCCUCACAGCAAGAGAGUCUUCAGCAUGUUCCUGGAGACUCUGGUGGACUUCAUCACGCUGCACAGGGACGACCUGCAGGACUGGCUCUUCGUCCUGCUCACGCAGCUGCUGAAGAAGAUGGGGGCCGACCUGCUGGGCUCCGUCCAGGCCAAAGUCCAGAAGGCCCUGGACGUCACCAGAGAUUCCUUCCCGUUCGAGCAGCAGUUCAACAUCCUGAUGCGUUUCAUCGUGGACCAGACGCAGACGCCCAACCUGAAGGUGAAGGUGGCCAUCCUGCGCUACAUCGAGGCGCUCGCCCGCCAGAUGGACCCGACCGACUUCGUCAACUCCAGCGAGACGCGCCUCGCCGUCUCGCGCAUCAUCACCUGGACCACCGAGCCCAAGAGCUCCGACGUCCGCAAGACCCUUCAUAACUGGGCAGGGGAGGAGUUCUCGGGCCGAGCCAGCACCGUGGCCUCUCUGCCUGGAGAGGGCAACCUGGAGGAGAGGUGCAAGCAGGCGGCCCAGGUGGUGCUCAUCGCCCUGUUUGAGCUGAACACGCCGGAGUUCACCAUGCUGCUGGGCGCUCUGCCCAAGACCUUCCAGGACGGGACCACCAAGCUGCUGCACAAUCACCUGAGGAACGCCAGCGCCAACAGCGGCAUCACCAUGACGUCUCCCAGUAACUCGGCAGGUCGGACGCCACCGCGGCAACCGAGCAGCCGCAGCAGCCCGCUGACCUCCCCCACCAACUGCUCCCAUGGGGGGCUCUCUCCCAGUCGGCUGUGGGGUUGGAGCGCAGACGGGCUCUCCAAGUUCCCUCCUCCACCCUUCCCCUCCCCUCUUCCUCCACCCGCCGCCCACUCCUCCUCCCUCAAGGCAGUGAGGCGAGCGUACUCACCCAGCAUGCUGGAGUAUGACAGUGAGAACCUGAACACAGAGGAGAUCUACAGCUCUCUCCGCGGCGUCACCGAGGCCAUCCAGAACUUCAGCUUCCGCAGCCAAGAAGACCUGAUGGAGCCGCUGAGGCGAGACGGCAAGAGGGACGGCACGAGCGGCGUCGGGGCGUCCUCAGACUCUGACGUGGUGGGAGGAGGACGCAUGGCCCUAGACAACAAGACGUCGCUGCUGAACACGCCUUCGCCGCGUUCCUUCGCCGGGCCUCGCUUCAGAGACUACAACCCGUACAACUACACGGACGGCAUCAGCACCCUGGACAAAGCCGCCCUGAAGGAGGCGCUGUACGAGGACGCCGUGGAGCAGCUGAGAGACGGCAGCAGACAAGAAUGUGUGGAAAACAAGAUGAUGAACCCCAAAAGCUUCCCCGUAACACAGCGUUUAUCUAACAUCUGCCGUACGACUGGUCCUGCAGCAAGCCCCGCCGAGCAGCUGCAGCUGGUGGGGGAGCUGCUGAAGGAGCUGUCCCAGGGCCAGGCUGGGGAGCGGGGCCCCGAGGAGCGACGGGGGACCCUGCUGGAGAUGCUGAAAGUGGCCCGAGAGGACAGCCUGGUGGUGUGGGAGGAACACUUCAAGACCAUGCUGCUGCUGCUGCUCGAGACGCUGGGAGACAAAGACCACACGAUCCGGGCGCUGGCCCUGCGGGUCCUGAAGGAGAUCCUGAGGAACCAGCCGGCUCGCUUCAAGAACUACGCCGAGCUCACCAUCAUGAAGACGCUGGAGGCUCAUAAAGACUCGCACAAGGAGGUGGUGCGUGCGGCGGAGGAGGCGGCCUCCACGCUGGCGGCCUCCAUCCACCCGGAGCAGUGCAUCAAGGUCCUCUGUCCCAUCGUGCAGACGGCCGACUACCCCAUCAACCUGGCCGCCAUCAAGAUGCAGACGAGGGCCAUCGAACGCAUCACCAAGGAGCCGCUGCACCAGCUGCUGUCUGACAUCAUACCUGGACUCCUGCAGGGCUACGACAACACGGAGAGCAGUGUGAGGAAGGCCAGCGUCUUCUGCCUGGUGGCCAUCUACUCUGUGAUCGGAGAGGAGCUGAAGCCUUACCUGGCUCAGCUGACCGGCAGCAAGAUGAAGCUGCUCAACCUGUACAUCAAGAGAGCCCAGACCUCCACCAGCAACAGCAGCAGCUCCUCCGACAUCUCCUCCUACUAACACCUUUCAUUCCAUCGGGCCGAUCCGACCGGCAGCGUCUUCUUCUCCUUUCCAUUUCAUUCCUUCGGCUGCUGACGGUCUUGAGGAGCUCCAGAUUCUUCUUCACCAUCUUCUUGAAAGCUUGAAGGUGAUCCUGGCAGCUAAGACGUUUCAGAACCAGGACCUCCACCUGAACCGCCAUCUCCUUCUUCCUACCGCUAGAGUCACGAGCCUUAAAACUUGUAUCUUCCGUCAGCGGAGCCGAGCCGACCGUAGAAAGCGCCUCUCCUCCUCGGUGAUCCUGACGUAUCUUUAAACUUCUAAGAGGUGUACCUUCCCUCCUCUCAGUGCCGGAGCAAUCAUCAGUAUUUUUAGUCCUUUUUUAGUAACCCACUUCUUUGAACUGUUUUGCUUUGACACAUCAAACCUUAUUGUAUAUUGAAUGUAAAGAGCUUUGAAUGGAUCUCACCUGUGUUUCUCCUUCCUGAACCACUGCCUCGUUGUACCCGGUGGAUCGAUCUGAACGAAGAACGUGUUAAACAAAGUGGCACUAUAGUCUUUAAAAAGCUGGAUUCAAGGGUCCAACUGAAGAAACAGAACCAACCUUUGACACCUUUAAUGAGAGCUGCCGUUGCACUCGUUAACUUAUUAGUGAUAGCUCUCAGAAAACUGUGAAAUCCUGAAGUUCCUGUUAGUUUCCAUUGAGUGAUCAUUUGGCUGGCCAAUGAUUUGAAGCACUACAGUGAUUUAAAGUUGUAUUAUUUGGGACCCAACGACCAGCAGAAGAUAGAAG